CAGAAUUUGAUGCAAAGAAUUUUUAGUUUAUUAUAAACACCGGGGAGUUAUUCUAAGUGUUUUUGCGUCACAGUCCAAGGACAUGUCAGUAUAUGACAAAUAGCUGGAAGCUGAAAUUUGAUAUCCUUUUCCCCUCACUACCUUGAGUCUGUGUUUGGGAAAUGGUUCAGAAGUUCAUCCUGUGGUCCUCAAUCAAGACCCUUUUAUAGGAGACACGUCAGCCUUGACCUUCUGUUUUUCUUUCUUCAGCUGGUUUAAGCUCUGAAUGUUCAUUGAGCUGUUGUGCUGGGUUCAAUAGAAGAUGGAAUUCAUCUACUCCAGCAAAUGCUGUCUUUGUCUCCAGUCCUUUAAUGAAAUUAUGUUCUGUUCCCCCACCCUCCCUGCUUGGGAAGUGAAUUGCAUAUUUUUCAACGCUUUCCAAGCCAGCGUAGUCAUAAAUUUGAUGCUGAUGUUGUUGUUCGCGGUUUCAGAGGUUUUAGGCAUUCUGGGAAAUUUUUUUAGGGCAUUAAUUAAAUGCUGCUCGGCACGAAAUGGAUGUGAGCGCCAGAAAACGAGCAACUUUUUCUUCGUCCCGACUAAGCCCCGUCGCUCCGGCCCCGCACCCCAUGGCUCCGCCCAGCCCCAGCACCAACAGCAGCACCAACAACAGCAGCAGCAGCAGCAGCAGCACCGCGGGCUGGGAGCAGCUCAGCAAGACCAACCUCUACAUCCGAGGCCUGUCCCCAGCGACCACCGACCACGACCUGGUCAAGCUCUGCCAACCAUAUGGCAAAAUCGUCUCAACAAAAGCCAUCCUGGAUAAGACGACAAACAAAUGCAAAGGCUACGGCUUUGUGGACUUCGACAGCCCCGCCGCGGCUCAGAAGGCGGUCUCGGCCCUGAAGACCGGCGGAGUUCAGGCCCAGAUGGCCAAGCAACAGGAGCAGGACCCGACGAACCUGUACAUCUCCAACCUGCCGCUGUCCAUGGACGAGCAGGAGCUGGAGAACAUGCUCAAGCCCUACGGCCAGGUGGUGUCCACCCGGAUCCUCAGGGACGCCAGCGGGACCAGCAGGGGCGUGGGCUUCGCCAGGAUGGAAUCCACGGAGAAGUGUGACGCAGUGAUCUCACACUUCAACGGGAAGUUCAUUAAGACCCCACCCGGAGUUCAGGCCCCCCCGGAGCCGCUGCUCUGCAAGUUCGCGGACGGCGGGCAGAAGAAGAGGCAGAGCCAGAGCAAGUACGCGCAGAACGGGCGGGCGUGGUCCCGGGACGGCGAGGUGAGACUCGCUGGGAUGACGCUCACGUACGAUCCCACCACAGCUGCUAUGCAAAACGGAUUUUACCCCUCUCCGUACAGUAUCGCAAACAGGAUGAUCGCUCAGACCUCCAUGUCACCGUACAUCUCGCCCGUUUCCACGUAUCAGGUACAGAACCCGUCCUGGGUGACCCACCAGCCGUACAUCAUGCAGCACCCGGGAGCGGUGCUGUCGCCCUCUAUGGACCACACGAUGUCACUGCCCACGUCCAUGAUGAACCCCCUGGCCCAGCAGAUGAGUCACCUCUCGCUGGGAAGCGCCGGAACGUUCAUGCCUGCGAACGCCGCUAUGCAAGGAGCCUAUAUUCCGCAGUACGCCCACAUGCAAACCACGGCUGUUCAAGUGGAGGAAAGCAGCGGGCCCCAGCAGGUGGAAUCGUCAAACGAUCACUCUACGUACACUUACCAACCGGCCAAGUAGCAAAGAGGCUAAGGUGUGUUACCCCAAGAGACAGAGCGACAUAACAGCUGAAACAAUCAUGGCUUCCUCUGAUGGAUCGUGCUUUACAGAUUUAUCAACAUUUUGCACAGGUUCUACGGCGAUUUUCAUUUUCUUUAUAACGGAAGCUAUUUUGCUGUGAGUUCCAUAAAGGUGCAAACAAAAAAGCUUAAUGUCAUCAAAAGAAAGAAAACAAAAAAAUAUUUUAAUAAAGAACAUUUAUUUUUUACCAAGGAUUGUCACGUGGACACAAGAGCUCUGAGCCCAGAGUAUUGUGUGGGAGCUUAAGGUGCAUGACCGUAAGAUGUCUUUUGUUAAUAUUUUUUAUGGUUUUAAUGCAUUUUUUUCUUUUGUUUUGUACUGAAAUAGGUUGUUUUUUUCUGAAGAUUUAUUAGCCUGACAUCUUGAAAAACGGAUGUUUGGUGCUUGCUGUGUGAGUGUUGCUAUGGUGAAGUGUUACAGGUUUCUUCUUGUAAAGUGUUUUUGUCUUUUUGGUCUAGAUCGAGCUGUCUGUCUUAUCAUACAGUUUUGCCUUAAAUUUGUUCUUACUGUAGCUGUAUAGGCAACUUCUGAGACUAGAUGGCAAGAAAUGUUAAAAACGAAUGCCUUGUAAAUCAGCUAGAUAGGGCUUUUCUAGGAUUUAGCUAAUUGAAUUCGCUGUGUUUAGAUGUUUUGAUUUUUUUUUUUUCAGAUCUCUGCUGAAUUCUAAUCAUGGUAGAACUUGUAGAAUAGAGGACGUGUUUCGAGUGCGACAGAUCUCUGAAUCUGAUGAAUUUUAAUAGGACGUAAGGCUUGCUUGAUCGGAGUGUCAGACGCACCUCUGGGUGUUUGAAUGUGGUAGAGAUUCUGUUGAAUGAUAAGACUUUAAAUCUUUGCCUUUUUAAAAAAAUGAAUUUGAUGUAGUUUUAGCUGAAGAUAAAUUUAUGAGGGAGGGGGUGGUUGGGGGGGGGGCAAGUUGGGGUUGUUUUGUGUGUGCGGGGAGGGGGCAAGGGGGGGGGUUCUGAGGGAGAGGGGUGGGAGUGGGAUAGGGUCUAUCUGGAUUUUACUUCCUUUUAUUUUACUUAUUCAGUUGAAAUACAGUGAAACAAGAAAACUUUGAUUUAUGUGCAAAAAACUAGCAAACAACACAAGCCUUCCAUGACAGCAGGGGGCAGCAGUUCAGUGUAAUUUUAGAUUUAUGGAAGCUGAGAGAUGGAGAAUCAACUUUAAACGAAACUAGCUCUUUAAUAUGGGGAAAGAAUAACAUGACAGAGCUUGGCACUUUCCAAAAAAAAAAGAGGUUUUUCACCAAAGAAGCGUGAGCUAGUAAUGUAAGGAAACUGCAUAAGCGUUUCUCUCUCAGUGUGUACAAUUGAUGUAACUGAUUUUUUGCCAGAUUAGGUUGCAGUUUGGAGAAUGUGCCUUUUUUGUACAUUUGCAUUGCUUUUUUCUAGUUCUGUUGAUGUAUGGACACACACACACAAGCAUGAAGGAAGAUUUGGAUCCAGCAAGUGCCACACACUGAUUUCAUCACUACAAAAAAAAGAAAAAUGCAAUAUGUAAAAAAAACAAAACAACAAAAAAAAAAAAAAACAGGAUAGAAGACUGUUUGAAACUAUGAAAUGAUUUAACACAGUAAUUAUCAGAUUUUUACAUUGCGUAACAGGAAACAAAACUGUUAUUAAGCCUUUAUUGUUUUGAAUCACAGUAGAUAUUUUUUUAAAAAUGGCUUUAUAAAUUAAGUUGUCUUCCAAGAGACUGUGUUUUUGACCUGGUUGUCGGACUGACCAGUUAUCUACCUCAGAGUUUCCUUUCUCCUUUGUGCUGGGCUGGGUUAGCAGGUCCUGCCCGCCCCUCCAGACCAAAAGCCACGCUCCGGAGCUGGCCAUAUACAGUCGUUUCCUUUUCAGUUUAUUAUAUAUAUAUUUUUUCCUUUCAAAAAUAAACAUUGUUAUGGCAUAUUAUUUUCAUUAUUAGGAACAUUGUGCAGUUCAACGUGUUUUUUUUCCUCCCUGUGUCCAGACAUUCAGUUUCAUAGUUUCAAAAGCAAAAAAAAAAAAAAAGAAAAUGAAAAAAGUUAUAAUAAUAAACUGCUGCUUGCACCACACGAGAUCGCUGUAGUUGAUGAAGUCUUUUUAGAGAGAACACGAACCUGGGGUUGUGGUAUUUUACGGGAUCUGUGGUCCUGAGGCGAUGUUGCUUAGUAACAGACGGAGUCCAGACAGACCUGCGGCGUCCUCCUCCUCCUCCUCCUCUUUAAGUCUGCUUGAUUUGAACUACCAAAGCAAUGGGCCUUCCUCGUCGUGCUUGAGAUUUCUGGGGGUUGCCCGAGACUGAAACGUAGUACUGUUGAACGUGCGAGGGAUGUGCUGCUCAAGAUGUCUGAAGUGCCAUUCUCAGUCUAGGUCAAGAGUAGGAAGAGGUCUACAUACAGAAACGAGAAGCUCAUUACUUAGUCACCAUGUACUAGACAGCCAUUAAGUUAUAUAAAAGUAAUAAUUUAUGAAGAGAGACCUUUUGUACAGACUGUUUGAAGAAAUAAAAGAUUUUCAUAGAGAUAUCUAUAUGAUCAAGAGAGAUAAUUUUUUAUUUUGUUUUACAUGUACCACAAACUUGCCAGUGGUAACUUGUAUGUCCGGUUAAAGGAAAACUUCCUCUGUAUUUUUUUUUCUAGGGUUUGUUAAAGCCAAAAAGACUUUUUUGAACUGUAAAUUUCAGUAGAUUGUUACUUAAGUUUUAUUUCUGUUCUUUUUUUUUUUUUUUUUUUUGGAAAAACUUUGAAUAAAAACAUCAGCUGGAA